AUGGACGAUGUAUGGCGGAACGUUUUUAAAUAUUUGACUGUAACUGAACGGAUACGUUAUGAACGCGUAUGUAUACGUUGGAUGAAACUUUUACGUGAAUAUUGGAAAGAAUUGAAAAGUAUUGAUACAACUGUACUAUUUGUUAGCGUAGAGUUUAAAUCUUGGAAUAAAUGUAUGAAAGCGAUUUUAGCGCGAUGUUCACGUAAAUUAUUAUCAUUUUCCUACGGUUAUGAGCCUUUAUAUGGUGCACAUGAACCGAUAAAGCAGUUAGAUCCAAAAAUAUUUUCUAAACUUUUGAGAAAAUCGCCAUUUCUUGCGACACUUAAAAUUUCACGAUGCUUUUUACCAAAAGAAACAGUAUCAUUACUUCGAAAAGUGCCGCCUGUUUUACAGAAAAUUGAAGAAUUUUUUCAAGAAGUAAGUUCAGAUCAAAUGUUUUAA